AUGAAAGCUGUCAAUCGAGCCCUUCCACUUCUGGCUUCCGAGCAAGUCGGGCCCAAAGGCUGGAUCAACACUAUCUACGUCUUCCAGCUUGAUGCCGACUACGAUGCCACUCGCAUCGCAUCGAUUCUCCUCUCGGCGUGGAAGAACUUCAAGCGCCAGACUCCCAUGGUUGGUGUCGAGGUAGUUCCCGAGGAUCUCCAACAGCAGCCAGCAGGCAUGUUCAAACUUCAAGCAUACGAAGAUGGUGAAAUCGAAGACUUUGUGCUCAGAGAUCAUCGCGACGAUGCCGACAUGCUCACUUUUGCCCAAUUGAAGGAGCAAGGCUUUCCCAAUGGAGCCAUGGACGAUGAGAAGCUGUGUUUGCGUAAGCUCGGAGGUCCGUGGCCCAACUUUGGUGUCGACAGACUUGCAACCACCAUGAUGCAGGUCAACAUGAUCAAGGGGGGGCUCUUGCUUAAUCAUCUGUGCCUCCACAUGACGGGAGAUGGCGCGGGUAUGUGGAAGCUGACUGAGCUGUUUGCGGACGAGGUGCGGCGAGCUCAAGGCAUGUCAAUUGAAUGUCCUGCCAAAGUCACUGUCAGAGAUCGUGAGAAGCUGCUUCACAGCACUGGAAAGUACGACCUUGCUGCUUUUGCAGCAGCACAUCCUGAGUGGGUUCACCUGCCCUUUGUCCCACCUGGUUUUCCGGACGCCUUGGUAAACGCAUCACAUCACGCGCAUGUAUUCCGCUUCUCGCCUGAAGCCAUCACUGCGCUCAAGGAUGAGUGUGCGCCUUCUAAUGUGCAUCUCCUCAAGAACCAGGCUUCUGUGACACCACUCCCUGGAUUCAUCUCGACUAACGAUGCUCUAACGGCACUUCUCUGGAGGUCGAUCCAACGCGCUCAGCACACCAAUCCAUCCAAGAUUGCUGCUGACAAGGUUUCCCUCUGUCAGGUCGCUCUUGACACAAGACGUCGGGCAUACGAGGAAAUCCAUGCUCAUACACUUGGCAAUGUUAUCGGCUACACCGCUACUUCACUGCCCCUUUCUGAAGUUGUCUCGGCCCAGAAAGCAUCGCUCGCAGAUCUGGCAGUCAUGGUUCGAAUGGCCGUGAACAAGUGCGGCAAACAGUAUCACGACCAGUUGGCAUACUACAUCGAGAACAUGGACAACGUGAACUCUCUUGCCGGUACCUGUUUCCUUGACAUGCCCGGUGCCAACGUGCUACAAAGCAACUGGAGCAAGUUCGACUACUAUGGCAUCGAAUGGGGUCCUGAGUUUGGCCACCGUAUGAAGGCAUUGCGUUUCCCUGCCAGCGGUAUCUGUGCUGGGUUCCAAGUCAUCAUGCCCACGCCUGCAGAUGCACCGAAAGGAACUGUGGAUGUACUUGUCGACGUUACCGAGGAUGCAUGGCAGCACUUGCUUGCCGACGAGACGUGGAAACGCUUUGCUGCAAAUCCCACCACAACGGUUUACAGGUAG